CCCCAGGGAGCACCCCACGGUGGGGAGGUGCCUGGAGGCGGCUGCUGCCUACUGUCCCUUCGUUGGGAGAGCGGUCUCCAUAGAGACCGCAGGUCCCUGAGCUGGACAGUGCGGGCCGCGACGACCUAUGCACCACUGCUGGCGAGAAAAUCGCUGCCGUCUCCCCGGAGAUUCGGGCUGCAGCAGAGGCAGCUAAGGAAGAUGCCUUUUCUCUAAAGUCUUCCUUGCCUGGGAGACACCAGCUGGGCCUGCACUCCCUGCCUGCAGCGCCAAGGCCUCUCUAGCCUCUGGAGGACCGCUCCUCUUGAUGGUCUUAACCCUUGCUGUCUGAGAGCCAAGCCGCAUUUCCAGGGUUCAGCAAAGGAAGUGGUACUCUGGCCGCCAGACUGCUGCACCUGUUUCUCAGAGGAAACCUCCGGGAGACAGCCAGAGAGACCCGGAGGGAGACAGCCAGAGAGACCCAGAGAGUGAAACAGUGAAGGCUUCGUGAGAGGCCUGGUGAGAUAGGAUCUAUCCUGAUAGGCACAGACAGCAGAGAACUCCGGUGAGUCAGGACCUGGACAACUCACCUGUCUGUGCAGUGUUCCUUGCUGGAAUCCAGGCUCUCCCCUGCUGCCCUUUCACGUGGUUCCUGCACUGGGUUCUUGCCCUGACUUCCCUCACUGGGAAACUGUGAUAUGGCAGUGUAAACUGAAUCUGGCUGCUUCUGGCUGAACAUAUUCAGCCCCACUACCUUCUCAUUAUCAUUAAAUCCACCACCUGCCCCUUCCUAUUGAGACCCCGGGACUAUUGUGGCCUCCAGCUCAAACUAGCUCCUCAUGGAUCCCCUCCCGAAAUGGGAAUCAGCAUUAACUUCCGCGUCUUCUCAAGUGACCAUUGUGCAGUCCUCCCAGAAUGGCUCUGCACCUGCUCAUCUCAUAGCCUUAGAACAGCUGAGGAUAGGCCUCCGCAGCCUGGCCCCCACCCCUGGCUCCAGCACCCCCACAUCUUUGGCAGAGGGGAUGCUCCAGCAGCAGUAUGUGGAGCCAAAGAGCUUACUGGAGAAUCGCUGGGGAAGGCUGGGUUUCCCUCAGAAGAAAGCCUUCCUGGGCAAGCUGAGGCGCAGGCACCGAGAUCAUAGGUCACCUUACCCAGUGGAUAGGGACAGCAGAAUCUUCCGCUCAGGCAACAAAACUCAGAAUUGGUUCCGAUGUGAAUGCCUCUACUGCCAGACCCGUGGGCAAAGUAUUUCCGGGGAAAGGGAUGGGAGCACCAAUCCUUCCUCCUGGGAUACUCUAGUGCAGGGACUAGGUGGCCUUACCCUCAACCUGGGAGCUGACAGGCCGGGUCUCCUGCCAGAGGGGGCGCAGCAGCAGCAGCAGCACCUUCAGAUGCAGCAACAGCACCUUCAGCAGCAGCAGCAGCCCCCACUGCUGGCCCAUCAGGAGCCAGAGGGGAGGUGCCAGCAGGAAAGCAAGGGCAGGUUCCAGAGGCUGUUCAACGAGUGGUUUGAAGAAAACUGAGGUCUUCGGGGGAUCCAGAGACCUGAAAGGAUUCACACAGAGCUUCACUGCCAGCUUUGCGCUUAGGCUCCCUUGUAGGACAGACAACUCAGCUGUCCUUUGCGGGGACUCCCAACACCUGCACGUUCUGACCAACAUCUUCCAGGCAUGAGAUCUGACCCAUUCCCAGGAAAGACCUCAGCUUUCCGGCGUCUUAUCUGUGGAGUACUGUGCCGCGUCCUAGUGCAAAGGAGACUAGAGACCCCUGGUCCUCACCUCCUCUCCUCUGCUCCCGUGAUGCAUGCUGACACUCCCUGCCUGGAUCUCUGCCUUUCCUCCCUACUUCCUUAUUAGUAGAGUGAGGGUGUCUAUGGCCUUGUGAAUGACCACGUGCUUCUGUGCCAUUCGAUCCAGGGGGAAGAAUCUGCAGCUGUAGAGUGUGAGGGGACUAUGGGAUCGGACCAUGGUGGCUCACCAUUUGACCUUCUGUAUAAAGAAGAUAUGACUGUGACAGUUAGCUGUACGUUCAUGGGGAGCUGUUUCUUAACAGUUGAGGACUAUUCUCCCACACUGGAAUUUCUGAUGGAGUACCUCAUUGUCAAUACCAAAUAAUAACCAUGCUUAUGAAAGGACAGUGACUUAGAACUCAGGUUGCUGGUAUUUUGUUUAUUGUCAGAGCUGUAAAAUCCCUGACUGGUAGGCAAGAUACAACAGGAGGAUCUCAGCACCAUGGAGAUUCGGAAAGCAGGGUGGAGUGGACUUGCAUGGGACUGGAGCGGGACGGUGUAGUGGUUUAAAUGAGACGGACCCCCAUUGGCUCAUAUGGUCAUAUUCUGGGUUCCUGACUGGAAUAUUUGGGGAGGAUUAGGGGAUGUGACCCUGUUGGGGAGGCGUGUCACUGGGAGUGAGUUUUGAGGUUUCCAAAGCUCAGUCCAUUCGCAGUUAGCCCUCUCUCUGCCUCUUGUUUGUGUAUCUGAGGGAAGAUCUCACCACUGUCCCAGCACCAUGCCUACCUGCAUGCUGCCUUGCUCCCUGCCAUGAUGGUAAGGGAAUCAAACGCUGUGCAGAUAUGAGCCUAAAAUUAAAUGCUUCUU